AUGUAUACGUUUUAACUGAAUACCUUUUCAAUUUUUUUCAUGCAUGAAGUAUUUGCUCUGUUGGGACUGUGAUUUUUAAUGUAAAAUACGAUUUUUUUCAUGACAAGAAAAUGUCUGGCAUUAAAGGACAGCUUUAUAUAUGCCCUGGAGAAUUGUAAAAUGUAGGUUUUUCCUCCGACUUUUAAAAGUAUACUCAAAAAUGUACGGAUUUGUAUUUUUUCUCUCCUAUUUUUGAAAAAUGUCCAAAAGUGUACUGAUUUGGCCAAUCCCGCUUGUGUAAAGUAAAGUAGACAUAAGAUAUAAAGUAAAGUUGACAUAAGAUAUAAAGUAAAGUUGACAUAAGAUAUAAAGAAAUAUAAAUGGCUUUGCUAUUGGUGCUAAGUUUUUCCACUGUAGGUAUAGAAACAUGAGUGGCAAUGAAUGGGAGCGCUUAAAUUCUGUCAAUAUUGGUGUAAGUGUCGAAGAAUCACAAGAGUUCUAUCGAACAUGGGCUGAUAGUUACAACAAGGACUGUGAAAAGCUGGGUUAUACAGGUCCUAAGAAAGUUGCAGCUCGCAUGUCAGAGCUGUUCUCUGAAUGUGAGCGUGAAAAUAUCCACAUUCUCGAUGUUGGAGCAGGUACAGGACUAGUAGCUAUGGAACUGAAGAAAGUUGGUUUUAAACAUAUUGAUGCUCUUGAACCAAGUGAAUCUAUGCUGCAAGAGGCGAUGAAAGCUGGCUUGUAUAAGACAUACUUUAAGGAAUUCUUAAAUGAGUCGCCGACAACAAUACCCGCUGGUUCAUAUGACGUCAUAACCGGAUGUGGAAUAUACGGAGACGAUGCUCACGUGCCAUGUGAGGCUUCGCACGAGAUGAUACGGCUCGUUAAACAAGGAGGGUAUAUUGUCCUAGCCACACGUAAUGAACUAGUUCAAAAUAAUGAGACGUAUAAACAUUUAGAACCAUUGAUGGAUAACAUAGAGACCAACGGGAAAUGGAAGAAAGUGUCACGUGAUGUGUUUCCUAGAUUUAAUCUCAAGAAAGACGGAAUAAUGUGGUGUUACCAAGUACUCCAGGGAAAGGCAUAGCCACGUCAUUGGCAAAAGUUAACCUAACUUAAUUUCAUAGCAUGACAUCAGUAACAACAACUGGCCCCAAGAUAUUGCACACAUGGAAGAAAAAUGAAUACAUUUAUGAUAAUAAAUCGAAGCUAAUUCUUCUAUCAAAUCUGACUAUGUCGUCAGUUAUAUAACCAAUAACAUUCGUCGGGACUUUCGUCAA